UGCCAUGGACACGUAAACUACGGAUGAACAUGGCGAACAAACAGGCAAAGAAAGAGUCUCGAAGCAGAACCCCAACGGAAAAAAAGAAAUCAAAGAAUUCUGAGCUUCACAGUUCACCAGUCCUGGAAGAUGCUGAGCCAACGACCAGAAAUGUACUGUCAGGAGAUGAGAUUCAGACACUUGCAAUCAAAAUUGAGGACCUGAAGAAGGUGCGUCCUCCUCGACCAGUCAAAGUGCAGAAUACAUAUCCUGCAACUAAUCAAGUUUUAGUUAGAAAAUAUGAUGAUAAGGUGGAGAAGAAGAAAGGAGAUUUGCUUGUGGCUCAUCCACAAUGUUCUGAAUCACCAACCAGAGACUUUGUUUAUUCAGAGAUGGACAUUCCUUUGUGUGACGUUCAAGGUGAGAUCCUGCCACAUAACAUCCUGGGGACUUUGCAGAAUCUAAAACAAGAAGCUGCAAUAAGAGGAAACUCACAGGUUGUGCAGCUUAUAGAAGACUCCAUGAAUACCGCUGCUGCUAACCUACCUUUUGAAAGUACAUUUGAAAAAAGGCAACCACAACAGAAAAAAACAACUGUUUGUGACUCUCCAAAGCAAGACCUGGCUUUAAACAACUGGCAGCGUCACAUGACAAUGAGAAAGCACCAACAGGACAACUUAUCCCGUCAGUUGCGUAAGCCCCAUGGACAGCUUAUUAUGAACACUGGUGAGGAAUUUCGGAAGGUACAGGAAGAGAAGCAACUGAUAUACCGUAGCAUCCCAGCAGUGGAUUUAAACAAGAAUCACUAUAUUGGGAGUGAGUUCUGGAAUGUGCCUGAGAAAAUUGGCGAUGAGUUAAGUGGCUUGAUGAUGACCCUUACUCAGUGUGAGCGUGGAUACCCAUUACCCGUCAUUCAUAUCGGAAAACCGAAAAGCAUCAUGCAGGAAACAGGCCACCUAGAUCGUCCACUAUUUCAUAACACGUGGGAUAAAAGUCAGUAUCUCCAGUAUCGUAGACACGAAUUGAGAGCUAUCAUGGAAGAACUCAACUUUUCUAAACCGGAAAUAGAAGGCCUUGAAGUGAUUGGACGGGGGAAUUGUUUCACAUCUAUGUCUUCUGAUUUUCUGCUGGAUACAAAUGAAACGGUUGACAUUUCUUUAAAAGAAAACAAGGACAUGCUCAAGGAUUUCCCCAAUGUGAUACCAGAUGUCGUGCUCGGUCCCUCUCUUCUUUUUUGUGGCCAGCCAGCAAACUGGAUUGAGGAUAUGUUGUCUCAUAGGGACAAAGUUGGAAUCUGUGCUCGCAUUACUUUUGAAACACUUGCUGGUGAUAAAGCAUCAGCUGCUAUAGAGAUUGUUAAUAAUGGAAGUGCAGCCAUCUGGUAUGAAUGGAGAAGGGUGCCAAGCAAUUCCAGCCUGGAAAGACAUCACAAAGAAUCCCACGUUCAACGAUUCUACUUCAACGCUUGUGCUGGUGUUAUAUUGCCUGGGAAAACACUGCUCCUGCCUUUCCAUUUUAAAUCUUCAACUGCGGGCAUAUUUAUGGAGAACUGGGAAUUGUGUACCCACCCGGUGUUACUGGCUGGUGCUAUGCUUCAGGUUUCUCUUUGGGGCGUUGCUCUGUAUGAAGACAAAACAUCUGCAGUACGUGAAGCUCUAGAAAAUGAAUUGCUAGCCCAGGAAUCUGUACUCGUUGCCCAGGAUCUGGUGCGGGAGUUGCUGAAUGGCGUUCGUACCCCUGAGAGGCCACAAUCUCCACUAACAUGUGUCACUGAGGAAGAAAUGUUCAAUUUAGUAAACCCUAAGCUAUAUUAUAAACAACAGACUGUACAAGAGCUGCACCAGUUAUGGAAGGAUUGUAUUGCCACAAUUGACUCCGAAAACCAAAACCAUGAAAAUCUUGAACACGAAAUGCCACUGGAAUCUACCACUUUACACCAAGACAUUGAAGACACUCAGGGUUCACAGGCAGAGAAAGUGAAAACUGAUUCUGUCUGGAAUCUAUCAGUAAUGGAAAUCAAACAGGCCCUAAGAGCUGUUCAAAAGGAUGAAACUAAAGAGAUGAUCCUUCUCCAGCUCAAUAACGAUGUCACUCAGAGUUCUUUGCAGCCCCAGGAAGUUACAGUGGAUCUCAUGUAUCAAGCUUGCUUACAGUUGUGGCGUAAAGGUAUUGAUGACAUGGUUGAACGUUCUCUCUUGCUGCGCAUGUUAAUGGGGAUGCCUGAAAAGGAUCUUGCUACAGAAUUUGCCGUGGAGGAAGCAGCACCCGAACAGAAAAACGUGAAAGGAAGCAAAGAAGAAAAGAAAGGAGGCAAAACAGGAUCACGGGAUAGAGCAGACGAACCAUCGAACAACCGAAAAGGAAAAGGCAAAGAAGAAAAAAAAUCUGCGAAGCCACCAGGCAUUCCUCAAGAGAACGAGCUUUCUAUGUCAUCAGGAGAAAAUUUAGAUCUUAUGUCCCCAGCCUCACAAGCCCUCCAAGUCGAUCCAGCAGUGAAAGAAAAAUAUUAUGAGGGUUUGCACACUGAGGUUUAUGGAAUCCUGCUCUACCUGGUGCAGGAUAUGGUGAUUAUUGCCGAGAGUUUAACUCCCAGGCAUUCUGUGAUGGAACACAAGUUUAUGGAUCCAACAUUGUGACUCUAGUAUUAUAUUCUUAAAUA